AUGGCCUCGGAAAACUCGGAGGACGCCAUGAUGGCGGCAGCCAUCAAAGCUUCUCUCGAAGAAGCGAAGAAGCAAUCAUCCCAAGAUCGCGUCGUGGACUUGACGAAAGAGUCCGAUGACGAGCCCGAUGUGCAGGUCGUCUUUCCAAAAUCAAACUCGGUCGUCGGCUCAGAUACUGACAAUGAAGCCGACGCCGCGGAAGGUGAAUCCGAUCUCAAUCGUGCCAUCGCACUAUCACUAGCCGACACAUCACCUCAGGUCAACAAAUCUCCAAAAAAGUCGCCUCAGCGUCAGGACACAGAUGCUCAAGGUUCUUCCAGCAAUCAACCAACGACCCAGGGAAUAUUUGGGCUCGACCGCAAGCAAAUGGAAGAAGAACGUCUCAUGCGCCUGAGCAAACGCAAGGCUUCGGAAGUCGAGGCAUCACCUGAGCGUCUGCCAAAGGCUGCUAGAAUUUCCCCUUCACCUGGAUUUGAAGUUCUAGGUUCCCAUCACACAUCUACGGCUACAUCAUCUCAGACUGCCUCUGAUAGAAAGGGCAAUCGUCCGGUGAACCGAAAUCCGAGGCUGGGUUCGCCAGGCUAUGAAGUCGUCAAUGUCAAAUACUUCUCGCCAAAACCCGAGACUCAACCUGCGCCGACUCAACCUGCUCCGACUCAACCCACAACGACUGCCGACGUUCAGCGCAACGCGCCCUCAAUGGUCAACUUCCGGCCCCCAUCCGGAGCAGGAAUUCAGUGGCCAUCCGGGAUAGUGAAAAAAACGCGCCUGGCUAACUCCCCACGCAAGCACGACGAUAUCUCGAUCGAAGAAGUGCUCCAAAAAGAUGACUUGGAACUUGCCGUUCUCAGUUCAUUUUUGUGGGAUAUGGAAUGGAUUUUGGGGAAACUAAACACAAAAGAAACUAGGAUUCUGCUUGUUGUUCACGCCGCAAAUGAAGAGCGGCCUGCUUAUGAGGCAGACGCUGCAACUGUUCCCAAUCUCCGAUUUUGUUUCCCUUCCCUGGAUGGCCAGAUCAAUAUCAUGCAUUCCAAAUUGAUGCUACUUUUCCACUCGGAGUAUCUUCGAAUCGUCGUUCCCACUGCCAAUCUGAUUCAAGUUGACUGGGGAGCGCACAGCGUGAUGGAAAAUACUGUUUUUAUCAUCGAUCUACCUUUGAAAGCGAAGACAACCGGUGCGAAGAGCUCAUCCGGUGACACCAACGACGAAACCUACACACAAUUUUACAACGAUCUCGUCAUUUUUCUCAAAGCCAGCUCAUAUCCACAGGGUGUUAUUGAAAAAGUGGCUAAGUUUGACUUUACCAAAACUGCCCGAUACGCUUUUGUACAUUCAAUCGGCGGAUCCCACACUGCUGAAACUUGGAGAUGGACAGGGUACACGGGGCUAGGCCGCGCUGUGUCGAAUUUAGGCUUACGCACCCAAUCGCCCGUCAACGUUGACUUCAUAACUUCUUCUCUUGGUGCGCUUAACGAAGAUCUUCUUCGCGGCAUUUAUCUCGCUUGCAAGGGUGAUGAUGGAAGCACGGACUAUCAAUUCCGCAACACCAAGCCAGCGGCCAAAGCGACGAGUCCCUUACGAGGGCCAUGCGAGGAAUGGCAAGACCGGUUCCGAGUCUACUUCCCCUCCCAAGAAACCGUGAAGGCUGUAGCUCGAGCUGCAGGCCGUCGACCACAGGAUAUUGGGGGAACAGUUUGCUUCGGUUCGAAGUACUGGAAUAGUCCUAAAUUGCCAAAGCGAGUCUUGAAGGAUUGUCAGAGCCAGCGUGAUGUUCUUAUGCAUAACAAGAUUGCUUUUGUCAGACCCUCGGAAUCUAUUACACUCCCAGAUGGCUCUGAGUGCAGAGGAUGGGCUUAUGUCGGAAGUGCCAAUCUCUCGGAAUCUGCCUGGGGUCGGCUUGUUAAGGACCGUGCUACCGGCGAACCAAAACUCAAUUGUCGGAACUGGGAAUGUGGCGUUUUGGUUCCGGUUACUAGCGAAACAUCAACCACCACCAAAGCAAAGGCUGCUUCGAACAGCUUGGAGUCUGGUUCUGAACAUCGCGAGCUCAGUCUGUUCAAUGGUACAAUUCCUGUCCCGAUGAAACUUCCCGCUGAGAGCCUGCGGGCUGAGCGGGAGCCGUGGUUCUUCAUGGGCUGA